AUGGUCGCCCGUCUCUCUCUCCUCAGCGCCGCCGCGCUUCUCUCCCAGGGGGCCCUCGCCGGCCUCUACCCCGGACUGAGCACCGCGAACCACACCUGUGGGCUCCAGACCCCGGUGCUGUCAUGCUCGUCCGGCGCCGACCCUGCGCUCGUUGACACUUGCUGCGUAGAGACGUUCGGUGGCCUCAUACUCUCCACACAGUUCUGGGACACGUACACGGGCCACGAGUCCUCGGGUCAGCUCCUACCCCGAGACACCUGGACGCUGCACGGAUUAUGGCCUGACUUCUGCAACGGGUCAUACACGCAGUACUGCGACCUGUCGCGACAGUACGACCCGAUCCCAAGUCCGAACACGACGACCGGCAAGGUCGGCGGGACCCCGGUGCCGGCGUACACGGGCCCUAACAUCGGGACGUUCCUGGAGCCGUUUGGCAAGUUCGACCUGCUGGCGUACAUGAACAAGUACUGGAUUGCGCAGAACCAGGACAACGCCGGGUUCUGGGGCCACGAGUUCAGCAAGCACGCGACGUGCUUCUCGAGCUUCGACGUAGAGUGCUACGGGCCGCAGUACGUCGAGCACGAGGAGGUCGUCGACUUCUUCGAGACGGCCCUCGGGUACUACAACGUCCUGCCCACCUGGGGCUGGCUCAGCGCCAAGGGCAUCCGCCCCUCCAACUCGAGCUACUACUCCCUGGCCGACUUCCAGGACGCGCUGACCGAGGGCUUCGGCAAGCUGCCCUACAUCGGCUGCAGCGGCCCCAGGUACAACGCCACCGAGGCCGGCAAGGGCAGCGCCGACAACGGGUACACCGUCAUGACCGAGGUCUGGUACUAUCACCACGCCUUCGGCAGGGUGCAGCGCGGGCAGGCGGAGCGCGUGCAUGCCAACAUCACGGGCGGCUCGGUCUCGAGCUGCGCCAAGACGCCCGGUGCGCUGAGGUAUUACGAGAGGACGCCUGGUUCGGAUCAGGCCGUCUAG